GAUCACGCCCGGAAGUAAAUCUUCUCUUGCUAAUUUAAGUCCGGGAGAUGUAAUACUUGCAAUUGAUGGAUUUGGUACGGAGAACAUGACACAUGCAGAGGCGCAGGACAGAAUUAAAGCUGCAACAGACCAACUUUGCCUGAAGAUUGACAGAGCGGAAACUAGAAUGUGGUCCCCACAAAUUUGUGAAGAUCCUUAUAAAAUGAACCUUGAGGCUGAACCACAGGAUUUGGGAUACUUUGAACACAAGCAUAAUAUCAGGCCUAAGCCCUUUAUACUCCCUGGCAGAAGCAGUGGAAGCAGCACCCCUUCAGGCUUUGAUCCUGGCAGUGGACGCAGCACUCCUUCCACAGCAAGCACUGUCGGCACUAUAGAUCCUGGUGAGCUCAAAGCUGCCUCUAGAAUUGCACCUAACAUUCCCUUGGAAAUGGAGCUCCCUGGUGUCAAGAUUGUUCACGCCCCAGUUUAACACACCAAUGCAACUCUAUUCUGAUGACAAUAUUAUGGAGAGCCUACAAGGGCAGGUGUCGACCAUCAUAGGGGAUAAACCAAUGGCAAGUGAUCCAGUACCCGCCUCUGUGCCUCAGUCAGAUGUAUAUCGGCUCCUUCAUGAUGACACAGAACAUGAAAGCAAGCCCAAGCAGUCUGGCUCUUUCAGGGUGCUGCAAGACUUGGUUGAUGAUGAUGCUGACCGUCCUGCAGGAACAAGAAGUGUAAGAGCUCCAGUCUCAAAGCCCCAUGCAGGAGGUGCAGCUGUGCAGAAAGUUCCACUGUGUGACCGAUGUGGAAAUGGAAUAGUAGGCACUGUGGUGAAGGCCCGAGACAAGUUCCGUCACCCUGACUGCUUUGUUUGUGCAGACUGCAACCUAAACCUGAAACAGAAAGGAUAUUUCUUUGUGGAGGGCCAGCUGUACUGUGAAGCCCAUGCAAGAGCACGGAUGAGACCUCCAGAAGGAUAUGACGCAGUCACUCUCUACCCAAAGGCUUAA